UUGACAUCACUAAUAGUAGAAGUAAGCAAUAUGUUGUGUUUAUUUUUUUCUGGAAAAGAAAGCGAACCGGGCAAUGGAAUGGAAACCAAGGGAACCACGGAUCCUUCGAUCAAACUUUUUACAAAACAAAACAUCCUUAGUUCGGAGAAUUGCCUGCUAAACUCACGCACAAAACAUUUAUUAUUUAGUUCUUGAUUAGCCAAAUAUAUUUUGAACCAUGGACGAUAAUGAGGAUGAUCUGGAGGAACACCAGGAGCAGGAGCUCAGCGAUGGUAGUAUUGAAGAGGAGGAAGAAGUGGAACCCGAUAUGGGCCCGGUGGCUAGCUGGGAGUCCUUUAACGACCGCAUCGAUGGAAUGAUUUUCAACGAGCACUGCGACAAGUCGGUAAAAAAAUUAGACGAACGUCGGCUUGCCAUUCUAAACCGAGUGCGUCAGCAAUUUCGCGAAGCGCCGAAAGGGGUCGCCGAGCGCUGUCAGGCCCAGAAAUCUCCCAUUGACCAGCAGCUGGAAUUGUCCAGUGAUCGCCUAAAUGAACUGGUCCGUUUCGGCAACGAAUUGGUGACCAAUGUCCGUGUGGCUAAUGAACGAAGGGAACUAAAUCGCCGUUUAUUCGAGGCCACACAGAAGAACCAGGUGCAGGUGAAGCUACAACGCGAAAGCGUGGAGACUAUGGCCCGAUUUGAAAACAUCAAGGCUCGCUGGACGGAACUGGAGGAGACCAAUGAGCCAAUGCUUCUCUGGGAUCAAAUCGAAGAGCAAAAAAAACGCAUUGCCGAGAUUAUGGCUCGCAAAGAUGAGAUGAUAGCCGCUUGCCAGCAAGAGGUGGACCGUAUGAAUGCCAAGUACGAGUUCGACCGUGAGCGGCAGGCCCAGGAUCUGUGCUGCUUGGUGGAACGCGUCGAUCACCAAGUGGAGACUCUAAAGGAGGCCUACAAGGAACACCUUCAAAUGCUGCGCAACACCAUCGAGGAGGAGCGCCAAAUCUUCGCUGUCGGUGCGGUGGAAAAGUGGCGCACCUUUUUCGAUGCCAUGAACGCUAAUUUUGAUGAGAAGGCCAGUUUGGUAAGGGCAAGGGAGCAGUUUUAUGCCCGACAGACGCAGCAAAUCAACGAGUCCCAGGAAGAGCUGACUAAGAGCACUCGGAUUCGGCUGGAGAAGGAAUGCGAACGGCUGGAGCUUGAGCUCCGUCGUACACGCGACAAUGUACUGAUGAACUCCGAGAAACUGGACUACAACUAUCAGGUUCUCCAGAAGCGAAACGAGGAGAACGUGAUCAUUAAUAACCAGCAGAAGCGACGGGUAGCUCGCUUGCACGAAGCCAUUGGACGCACUCGACGUGGUCUUAAGAAUCUCUACAACACCGGCAAGCGGAACAUAGCACGUCUCUCCUCGGACAUUUACAAGCUGCAUGCUAACAUCAAUGACAUGGAAUCGAAAGCCCAUCAGGCGAGGCUGAACAAUCGCGAGAAGUUCGAUCGCAUCUGGGAGAUUAAUUACAAAGAGCUGAACCUUCUGGUGGAUCGGGUGUACCACAUUGAUCGCAUUAUACACGAGCAACAGCUGGCAAUGCCGUGGUCCAGUCCAGUGCCACCUAUUCCGAACAUUAACAAGGCCAAAAAGAAGCGGAAUAACAUUUUGGAGAAGUUCGACAUGCGAAUUGGGCGAGUUCCUAAAAACCGGGUGGUUCCCAAAUCGGCCGUUAAGCAUCGUCCGGAUAUCAAGGAGCUGCCGCCAGAGUCGUUGCGUCUGAUGCGCAAUCUCAUCCGUAAGCUUUCUGAUCGCGGCGGUUUUCUCAUCGAGGAAAGACUGUUGAAGAUCCUUGAGCCGUAUUCCGAGGAAGACAAAUGCUUAGUGCGGAUUGACAAUAUCUUUGCGGCGCUACGAAUUCGUCAUCUGCGGGAUGUGAAGGAGCUGACAAAGGUAUUUAUGCCGUACACAUACUGCCCGAAUUGUCAGCCACAGGGAUUGAGCCCACGCAAGUGUGCCGAGGUGUUUAUGAAGGAUCAGAAGCCGAAUCGUCUGCAAGCCUCAACAGGGCAACAGGAAUACCCGGAUCGUCGGGAUACUGGGGAUAGGUUCAUGAACAAGGGUGAAGACGCGGCGAAAAGGUGUCACAAUCAUUACCUGGUCAUGGAACCAGCUCUCUGCUUGCACGCCAUGAAUCUAUUCACCUCCAAGAUGCACAAACAAAUGUACGAGCAUGAACCAGGCAGCGUACUCAAUGCUGUCAAUCUCAUUCAAAUUACGGAUGCUGAAAUCCGUGACUUCUGGCGCCAGUUUUCGGCCUGCUUCCCAGCCUCAAAGUGCAAGCUAUGGAAGACACUGGAACAUGGACUAAAUCAUUAUGUAGAAGUUCUUAAGAUGCGCGUGCAGUACGAUGCGGAGGUCGUCUUUCUGAGGCGUCAAAACGAGGAAUUGCGCCACUUGCUACAGAAAUUUACCGUCUAGGUCAAACUUUAACAUAAUUAUAGUCUCAGCUGCAUAACAAACCCCACUAAAAAUCCCAAACAAUUAUUGUUCAAUUUCAUCUAAACCUGAUAAAUUAUAAUUGUACCUAGUCUUGCUCUUUGACAUUGCCAUUAAAUCAAUCUAAAGACGUGGGCUAUCGGGUGCCUUCUUAAAAGAAUUUAGAUAAAGAUAUAAAAGUCUUUCAAUGAAAUUAAAAGAAAACAUUUGUGCUAUAUAUGUAGUUAAAAUAUACAUUUGUAUUUACCCCCGGCACAAGUCAUGACUACGUCCAUAUCGUAUUUUGUCUCUCUCUAAACUAUGACUAGCUUGCUGAUGACCGGUAAUAUCACAGUGCACAGCCUGUAAAGCUUAUUUUAUUUGCAUAUUUCCAUGGGCUGAAUACCAAGGGUAUUUCCUUUAAAUUUUUCAUAAAUCACCAAAGUGUUAACAAUUUUAUGACUACAGAAUUUAUAAAUAAAAAGAAAUAAUAUCUAUUGCCCAUAAACUUAUGCGAUCCCUUCCGAAAACGGUUUACAACGCCGUCUAUGUACAU